UAUUUUUUAUCAAAAUACUGAUUUUAAUUUUUAUUCCAGGAUUAUUAACAAUGAGGAAGAGAAAAAAGUUUUGGAAAGUUACAGCUGAAAUGAGAGAAAUCAUAAAAAAUUAUUAUUUAGACGAAAAAAAUUGUUAUAUUUGUCCCGGUAUAAAGCAAUACAAAAAAAAAAGUGGAAGUGGUUCCGAUUCAGGAGAAUUGGUGCAAAAAAAAUGUUAUUGUAUACGCUUAGUGAUUUAUACAGCAAUUUUAUUGAAGAUCAUUCAGAAUACGAUAGUUUACCAAAAUUUUCUUUCUUUGCCUUAUUGAAACCAGAAGAUCGUGUUUUUGCUGGUGAUCCAGGAACUUAUGAAAUUUGUGUCUGUUCAGAACAUGAAAAUGUCAAGUUAAAGAUAUCUGCGUUGAAAACUGACUUAAAAUAUAGAGAUUUAUUUGCAGUCGCAGUUUGUAACGUUGAUAAUGCUGAUUGUAUGCUACAUAGAUGUCAUAAAUGUCCUGGUGUAGCAGAUAUGAAAAAUUUAAUAAAUGAAUCAGAAAUAUCUAUUUUUGAUGAUUUAGUUAAUUACAAAAACUGGGAUACAGAAGGCAGUAGAGCAGUUCUUAGAAACCAUACUGAAAGAAAAGAAAUAUUUUUAGAAACUUUAUUUUGUGAUGUGUGGAAAUUGACCGUGCAUCAUUACAUUGCAGAUUCACAGAAAAAUUAUUUAUACGAUUGCAAAAAUAAAUUAGAGCCAGAUACUUGCAUUAUUACCAUGGAUUUUGCUGAAAACUAUUCUUUUAUUAUACAAAGAUCUGUUCAAUCAUUUUACUACAAUAACACUCAAGCAACACUUCAUCCUUUCUACAUUUACUACAAAGAUCCUCAGGCAACUGAUAAAGAAAAGCUCUAACAAAUGAGUUUCUGUGUGAUAAGUGAUACGACUGAUCAUGUAGCUGACACUGUACAUGCUUUUCAAGAAAAACUCAUGAAAAUAAUAAAAGAGGAAUAUCCAUGGAUAAAAAAUGUUAUCUACUUUUCGGACGGCGCACCUACAAAAUAUAAAAAUAAGAACAAUCUAGCAAAUGUUUGUUGUCAUGAACAAGACUUCGGCAUUAAAGUUACGUCUUAUAAUUUUUUUGCCACUAGUCAUGGAAAAAGUGUAUGCGACGGAACUGGGGGUACGAUCAAGAGAAAAGUAAUGCGACAUUGCAUACGAUCAUCUCCUGAUCAACAAGUAACAACACCAUUGGAGUUUUAUGAAUAUGUUUUCAGAGAAAUGAAAAAUAUAAGAGCAAUUUGGGUAUCUGACGCUGAAGUUCAAAAACAUAAAAAAAAAUUGAAAAAACGAUUUGAUACUGUAAAAACCAUCAAAGACACUCGAAUGAACCAUUCGUUUACACCGAUUAACAACAAUUCUAUGGAAGUAAGAAUGACUUCUUUUGACAAAGAUUGUAAAGUAGUUAAAGUAAAUUUAUAAAUAAACAUUUUUCAAAUUUGCUAAUAUAAUGACUUAAUUCAUAAUUUUUCGGAGU